CUUCCCAACGCUUGCGCACUGCCGUAGUCAAUCCGGUUGAGUCUUUUUUCGUCGUCGUCGUCGUCGUCACUCGACUUCCCGCACCGUCCGUCCUCAUUCACCGUCAACCAAUCACGAGAGCUAACCGCAAGAUAGUCGGCCGCGAUGUCUAUGAGUCGGUCUCGCGCUCGAGUGUAUGCCGACGUCAACACACACAAGCCGCGUGAAUACUGGGACUAUGAGCAGCACGUCAUCGACUGGGGCAACCAGGACGACUACCAGAUUGUGCGCAAACUGGGCCGAGGAAAGUACAGCGAAGUGUUCGAGGGCAUCAACAUCACGAACAGCGAAAAAGUCGUAAUAAAGAUAUUGAAGCCCGUCAAGAAAAAGAAGAUCAAACGAGAGAUAAAGAUUCUGGAGAAUAUCAAGGGAGGAACAAACAUCAUCGCUCUGCUUGACAUAGUAAAGGAUCCCGUGACUAGAACCCCUGCUUUGAUAUUUGAGCAUGUAAACAACACAGAUUUCAAGCAAUUGUAUCAGACGUUGUCAGACUUUGACAUUCGCUACUAUCUCUUCGAGUUGCUGAAGGCUCUAGAUUACUGUCAUAGCAUGGGCAUUACACAUCGAGACGUUAAGCCACACAACGUGAUGAUCGAUCACGAGAACAGAAAGUUGAGGUUAAUAGAUUGGGGUCUUGCUGAGUUUUAUCAUCCCGGGCAGGAGUAUAAUGUGAGGGUAGCGUCACGAUAUUUUAAGGGUCCAGAGUUGCUCGUUGACUUUCAGGAGUAUGACUACUCAUUGGAUAUGUGGAGCUUUGGCUGUAUGUUGGCUAGUAUGAUAUUUCGCAAAGAGCCGUUUUUCCAUGGACAUGACAACUACGACCAGCUGGUACGUAUAGCGAAGGUAUUGGGGACGGAGGAACUACAUGAAUACAUGGAGAAGUAUCACAUCGAUCUUAAUCCGAGAUUCAAUGAUAUAUUGGGAAGACAUUCACGUAAGCGAUGGGAGAAAUUCGUCAACCCUGACAACAACCACUUAGUCUCAAGCGAAGCUCUUGACCUGCUCGACAAACUAUUGAGAUACGAUCACCAGGAGCGAUUGACGGCAAAAGAAGCGAUGGAACAGGCAUACUUCUUUCCGGUCGUGAAGCAUCAUGAGCACAUCAAAUCCGAUCAAGCGAGAGCUGCGGGGGCAGCAGCAGCAGCGGCAGCAGCAGCUGCAGCGAUGCUACCACAAGGUCCAAUGAGUCGAGUGAUGCCACUUGCGGCACCGAUGGUGAGCUCCUCGCCCAUCUCGUCGAUGACGGCGUCUGUAGGCAUGGCUGUUCGACCUACAAGUCCGACUCAAGUUGUUCUCCAGCCGCAGGUGCUGCAGCCUGCGAUCGCCGUGCCGACUGAGGUCCCUGGAGUCCAGACCUUACAGAUAGCGCAGACGAGUAUGCAAACGCAUGCUGGAUUGGUGGGGGCGUUGCCGUCCGGCGUAACUCAACCUCAGUGAUACUGAUAGAGUGUAGUGAGCGUUUGUAGUUGUGUUGUGUGUCGCAUUGUAAUGUGACUAGUGAUGAAAACGAGUUGGUCUAGAGUGUGUGUGUGUAUGUGUGUGUGUGUGUGUGUGUGUGUGUGUGUGUGUGUGUGUGUGUGUGUGUGUGUUUGAUUGCUGCCGAGUGGAUGGAUGGUCGGGUGUGUACAUACCGAAGGGACUCUUGUUGUAUUGGAGAUUUUCUUGUUUGUGGGAUUGCUAGUAGUCGCUGUUCACAGUUGACUUGGGCCACAACUGUUGAUACUAAUAUUUUUAGUUAUUGAUAUUAAUGUUUUAAUAGCUACUAAAUACUGUAUCUGCUGUAGGCAAAUACAUCUAUUCCAUUAGGCUGCUA